CGGGUUUUCACACCAAGUCAUAAAUACUUGGAACCUGUUACCCAAAGCAGUGGUGUCCGCACCUUCAAUUGACUCAUUCAAGAGAAGACUGAACACUCACAGAAGCAUAAUAGAAAAGAAAUAACAUGGGCCGCAGGCCUGAUUACACAAAUCUGAAUAUGAAACUUGUCAUAUUUUUAAGGACUCAGAACUAUAUCACGUUAUAAUUUGCGAGCAUUGUUUCUCUUUUAUCGUUAAAUAUACCUAGGUCGUAAACUGGAUGCAUCGGUGAUCCACUACUACUAGAUACGAAAAGCCACUAAGAGGAGCUUAUACUCUGUCCAGAACCACUUGACUCAUUUUCGGCCCGGCAGUUUCGAAUGAUGACCAAGAAGUCGAGGAAUGACCUCCUAAACUUUCUUAAGGCUGUUGGCAAAAGCUACGAAUCAAGAACUUUUCUUGAGAAGGACAAUGAAUUCUCAUCAGUAGUUAGUGAUUUGGUGUCUGAACUGGGCAAAUCUCACAACAUCUCUUCGAAUGUUUAUCCACUUACAGGUUACAGGUUCAUUUUUGUUAUGCAAUAAAUUUCAGACGAGUAUGAAUAUGCCAACUUCACAAACAGCUUGGAAAAGUUCCUGAUAUCUUAUGGUUGCCCAUAUUCAGUGCUAACAGAAGGACCUAUUUCUGACCGCUUUUCUUCUGUUAAUAAUCGUAGUUUGCUUUUACAAUAUCUAUGUUCAGAGAUAAUGGCUGUUAGACAAUUAUCUACAAUGAAGUCUGUUGGUAAACAAAGUGACGAACAUCAUUUCAUGGAUGUGGACAGUUCGGAGGAUAAAGUAGAAAUUCUAUCCUGUUUGCAGAAAGCGUUUAAAGCUCUUGGCUUAAAAGUGCUUCCUGAUGACUCAGCACCUACUGUUAUAUAUUCUUGUCUUCAAAAAGGUUAUUCUGUUGCGUUCUAUCGCCUCUUAACUAUCACGUGAUAAAAUCACUAACCAGUAUCAUGUCAAACAGCACUGGUAGGCUGGAGUUAAUUCCGAUUCCUUGUUGGCCUUCUGUAUAGCAGCUUCUCACCUAACCCAGCUCGCUCAGUCCGGAACACAAAUAUCAACCUCCACUAUAUGGAUCUUAUAUGUCAGACGUACUUGGUUUAUACGCAAGCGGACCAGACCCCAUCACACCAUAAAAUAAAAAAUAACAAUUAUGCAAAAUCAUGCUGAAAUUGGCUGUGUGUGGGAGACAGUAACUGAUAAAUUGAGAAUAACUGGAGAAUAGUAAAUCGUAUAACAUUAGCCAAUAAGUCAAAUGAAAGCUUAUGAUGAAAGGAAUGUAGAUAUAUACAUAAUCUAGUUACUUAAUAAUUAUCCGGUAAGAAUAUACGUAACAAUAGUCUAUAAACAACCCUCAGCAGUUACCAUUCAUUUAUUUUUUGUUCGGUUAUAACAUAUUGGAGUCUAGGGGUUCCAUAGAUCAACUCGUUUUAGAGUGAAAUUGAAGGCUUAUUCGCUAAAGCACUCUGCUUUGAACUAUUAAGUCUCAGGUUCGAAUUGCAAUAGCCAUUUGGACAACCGAAUGAUAUCGAAAGUUAUAGCUUGCAGUCGAAUACAUAAAUAUGUCAGUCAGUCAUAAGCAACACCAAACUUUGAAUCUGCUACACCUCACCAACAUAAGGAGAUACAAUUAACAUGAUGAAUACUGAAGUAGUAGAAUAUGUACGGGAUAAGUCACAUUGAUUUUUUUAUGAUUAACGUUUAUUAACAACGUUGUUUUCGACGGAAUGCGGUUACUAACCCCGUGUCGGUCCCGGUUUUGGACCGAAAGUAUCCCUAAAAGGGCUUCAGGAGGAGUUACAUUAUUUGAGCAUAUACAUAAUUCUUCUUAUAAAGCAGGAAUCUAACUUCUUGAUUGGCACAAAUGAUAUCCAUGUAUUCUGUUUUUCUUUCGAAUAACUCUGUCAGGGUACGAAAAUAACAUCACAGGUUGUUUAUUGAUAUCCUGUCACUUACUGUGGUAGAUAGAUGAGAACUACGUAGUUGGGGGUGGGUCCUCAUGACUAUCGUAACAAACAGUUGAAAAUGUUUGCUAAGGUGGUUUAAAAUCAGUCAUACUAACAAAAAUGCAUUUAGUCUUUUCCCUAAACUACUUAUACUUCUCAUUUCACAAAUCCAUUUUUUCUCGAAUCAUAUUAUAUAUGCUCAGUAUUUUCUACCAAAACUGAUACUGUUACUCCUACUACUACUCUAGCAUUUGUUUUAAUAAUUUCACCUCACUAUACUGAUAAGAUGUGGUCAGUUGAUCCGAGUGAGUUUAGUGAUAGGUACUACACUGUUUGAGGAGGAAGUCGAAAAAGGAAGUUUAGAGGUGAAAGUCGAUGUAGGAGGAGUAAUAGGAAGUGAAGACGGAGGUUGAUUAGGAAUACGGUGGUCUUGAGUGCUGUUAGAUGUAUGAGGGUGGUUAUCACUUCCCGGUUGCCCACACCGUGGAAGGGUUGUUCUGGAGGUACCUGAAAAGGAAAUUGGAUUAGAGAUGGUCUUAGUAACCUGGGAGCGUGACCGCAGUGCCCAAGGGACAACUGCUUGAGGUCGGUAACACACGGCCUUUUUAUGGGUAAUUUUUGUGUUAGCUCCGUACUUUUUGGGACCUUACCACCGGAGACGGAUAUCCGUGGGAUAAGGCGAGGUGUGCAUUUUUAGGGUCGACCUUUUCUAACCCCACCCCUCCUUGUGGGAAGGCAGCAUCGCUGUCAUGCUGGUUGUCUGAAGGAAACACCUUACUGCUUUCACACCUCUGUACAGUGAGCAGUACAACUUCCCCUUCGGACCUUGGGUUUGUUGCUUUUAGUCUUACCGCUCUUCAAUCGACCUGUCUGACAUGAUAGGACCUUGAGGAACAGUUGUUCCAGCCAGUAUAGCUCGGUUUCUUCGUCACGAUAGGCAAACCCGACCACCACGUCAAAGUAGCAACAACGGUCGGGGUCCGCGUGACUGUCGUAACCAAUGGUUGAAGACCCUUGGUGACAUGGCUCAGAAUCGAUCACAAUGGCGUAGGUGUAUACGCUCUCUAUCUUCCCUUAAACUAAGAGAUUAAAAUUGCUUCAUAUCUUUCUUUCUACGAACUAAUUCUUUCUUCCUGUACUAUAUCCUUAUUCCAAUCUUUCUUUUAUAUAUUACCACCUCUGAAUUAACUACUUUUGUGAAUCCGGUGUCCAUCUUGUUGUGUUAAUGAGGUAUGGCAACUUGGACCGAUGCAUAAAUGUGCCUGGUCCUACGUUGUAGCUGACUGACUAACUACACUGUUUAUGAAUGACUGAGUAUGGUUGAUAUAUUUGUGGCGUAAAUCCGUUAAGAUUAAUCAAUAAGACUGUGUGUUAAGAUAUAGUUAUGGAGAGCUUAGGAGCCUCAUACUAAAACAAUAUAGAUGCUCACUGCCUCCAUCGCUGUUUUCCACUGGUUAUCCAACUGAAGUCAGUUCAUGAUGUAAAAUAUCAUACGGUUGGAGGUUCUUCCAAAACAUACAUUUGUUUGCAUUACUAUUCUUCUAUUAGAUAUCCGAUAGUCUUUCAAGAUGCCCACCCAAUCAUAUGGGGAAAUCAAUUAUCCCACUGACUGGUAUCAGUGAUCGCCAAUGGUCACAGAUAAUGCGUAUCGCCGCAUUGCUACAACAACAAUAUUCCAGUCGCCAAGCUACUCUUUUAAAACGUUUAGAUGUUACUGUACAAAGUUUUAAAUGGUCAGAUAAAGCGAAAUGUAGUUUGGAUAAAAUCACUACUGUAUAUAAUCCAAUCCGUGAGAGAAUGGGUCUAAUUCCAUAUCCUGGCAUUCCUAAUGUCUUAGCUGUACGUGACAACAUGAUAUUGCAAAUUGAAAAGACAAGUGGUACAAGUGCACGUCGUUAUACAUCAUGUGAAUUGAACAAAAUUUUAAUUGGUAAAGUAAGUGUAGUUUUUGGCAAUUAAUGACAACAAAAUGUAAUUUAUUUUCUAUUGUCAUUGCUCACUGGUUUGUAUUGUUUCUGGGUUUAAUCAUCAUAUCCAAUACCUCGCAAAGUACUAUAGAUCUUUUUCAUUUACACUUGUUUAACAGGUACGCGACAUUCAUAAAGUUCUGAAAGACAACCAAUGAGUGCUGACCUGUACAUUGGGAGGUUCUCAAGCUAUUAAGGGUUCAUGCGAGAUCGAAUUUGUGUGAAACUAAUGGAUUCGUGAUGCAUCACGACAGCCCGCCUGGACAUUCAAAGAUGCUUAUCCUGAGGGUUUCUGGUCCCAUAAUUCGAGCAGUACGCCUUGUGACCUCUAUUAACCAGACUUAGCUCCUUGCAACUGGUUUCUCUCCAUUUGUUAGAUGGUUAAAUGCCGACAUAGGCGAAGCAAGGUGCGAACGUAGUACCUCUAACGGUUGAAAUUCGAGCGUUCUACGCUCACUUUAAGAUGAUUGUAUCUCUUUCAAUAAUGAAAUCUGUCGACCAUGGUAAUAUUUGUCUCUUCUGGUUUCAUGUGAAUUACUGUGUUAAAAAUAACACUCAGCUUGUCAUCCUUGGAAAAAAACUUCGAAUACACUAUUGGAAUUACUUUUGAAAAUCAGUGUUUCUAUAGCUGACACAUACAACCGCUAAUUCUGAUACUUCACUUUACCACAGUUGCUAACGCCUUUUUAUUUCAACUGAGAAUAGUACUGAUCUGUUAUAUAUUUUUUUUGUCUAUUUUAUGGGUCCCUGAUCGAGGUGGUAGAGCAUGGGAGUUGGAACCGCCUCCACCUGAAAUGCCUGCUUUUAAACAACGUCAUCCAGAUGGAGGUGGUGUAACACAGAGAGGUGGUCGCGGCGGUGGUGGCGACGGUCGUUAUGGCAAUCGUGGGGGUGUUCAGGGUGGUACUAGUGGUUAUAGUUGUGAUGAAUCUCGGAAUGGUGGAAGAUGUACUGUCGGCAGCAACAUCAGUAGCAGAGGAGUUGGUGGUGGUAGUUAUGCUCAAAUGUAUGGUCAGGCAACGCCAUACACGAGCAAUGGAAGAGGUGUACCAUUGUGUGAUGGUUAUGUGACUGAUCCGUAUCAAAUGGCUUCAAUCAGCCAACAAAUGGGUGGUAUGAUGUUAUUUGAACCUGGCUUAUCUGCUGCUUCACAGCAAAAUUUUGUCUUUCAAGUAAGGGAUUGUACCAUUGUUACUAUUAUCAUAUUUAUCCCUUAUCCACAAUAAUAAUUUUAUGGUUUCAGACCAAAUUAAACGGUGACUUAAGUGUUUGGAAGAAACGGUUGGUUUGUAACCAACAGGUGUAACAUUCAAAUCCCCAACUUCUAUCUACUUUAGUUUGGACAAUUGGGUGGUAUCAUUAGUCUUUAUAAACGCAGGUGCUGUUUGACUGAAAAGCCGCAUUUUUUGCGUUGCUAUCGUUCGAUUAAAUAUAUCAUAUUUUUGUGCGUAUAAAUGUUGUAUAUUUUGGUGGAGUUCUCUGAGCUCAGAGAACAAAACUCCACCAGAAUCAUCCACCUGAGCUACAAAUCUCCACCAUUUCAAUGUUGUAUAUUCUCUAUUCGAAGCGCAUGAAUUUGGUGUGAGUGUGACAAGUCACAAAAUUUAGCUAGCAGACCAUGUGACAUUUGACUAGGUUGUUGUAUAUCACUACCAUACAGAGCAUUACGUGAAUCCGUCAGUGGUUUCUAGUGUAAUUUUCAUAGAAGGACUUUAAAGUUGAUUCUGUGUUCUGUUUGUUGAUAAGGUGUUUAUCAAAAGUUAAAUCAAAUGACCCUCGACUAACCAUUACUUAUUAACAGUUGGAUAAAAUUCAAAGCCAAUCCAUGAUUUCGUUUUGCUUGGUAUUCAUCGCCAAUGUGCAUCUGGAUUUUCAAAGGAACCAAUGCUCUACACGAGAUUAGAUUCCACAUCAAUGCAGAUAAGGGAAAUCCACAAAAUAAACAUCAACAAAGUGUAUGUAAUAGGCAUUAGUUGUGGUAUUGAUCACAGUGGAAUAAACCAAAUGUUGAUUCGUGAAGAACCAGUUUGAAGUGCCAUAAUUAUGGAGUAUCAAUAAAAUCCAGGGUGUACAGAAACGAAAACAUCAACCCUACUAAGACCACUUUUGAGCUAUAGAGUGCAACUAUUGUGCUUACCUGAAACAGGAUAGCCAGACCUUCUAACACGCUUCAAACCAAACGUUUAUGGCUUCGAAAAUUAAUGCCGUGUUUUUAUUUGGCCACUACGCGUCUUUUUCCAACUUGCCCUUGUGUUAAUCAUCACCUUGAGUUGAACUACAGUUAGCCGCCAGAAGGUCAGCGGCGUCGCCAUCGUUGUUGGUCGGGCCGUUGAGACCUAGCAGUUGGGAAACUCCAGUUUUGGCUUGACGAAGAGAGGCUGCAUAGCGGAAUAGGCUUCUAGGGUUGGAGGCAAAUUUGUCCAUAAGCUUUGUCUGGUACUGAAGCCUGUCUUCUCUUAUAGCCUUCGUGCAUAUGUUCCUUAUAUGUUUAUAUUGCCUAUACGCUCCGUCGUUAUCAGUUCGUUUGUAUUCUGCCCAACAGUGCCUUUUGCGGCUUAGCAGGCGAAGGGUACGGUUCUUGAUUACUGUAGGUGGCUUGAAGCUUUUGGGAACCGUUUGAGGAACUGAAUGGUUUGUAGCACAUAGGAGCGUGUGCAGUAGGAAGUCCCAAUGACCGUCCACGUCGAGUUGAGGGUGAACAUCCCAGCAGCAGCAGUAUUGAAUUUGACACUAUUUUUACAAAGCCUUAAAAAUACAUAACUACCUUUCUAAACAUGUAACUAGUUUUCUGAGCGUAGCAAACGACAACUACAACUAUUGACACCGUUUCGCAGCUACAAAAAGGGCAAACUAAGGUUCAUAAUCCAAUGUCUAUUUUAUUCAUUGUGAGUGAGUCUUUCAUUUGGUGCAUUUAGCGUUGAUGACGGUAAGCUAUUGUGCUUAAGCGUCAUUCCGCUGGAUUUUGUCGUUUGACUAUUUUCUGUUGUACAUAAUAUAUGAAGACUCAUAAUGUAAAGCUAUUUCUGUCACGGGUUUGAUGUAAGUAACAACUGUAUAUUAUAUAGAUGCACAAAAGGUUUUUUCUAAUAAAGCGAAAACACUGAAUAAUAUGUUUGGGAUAUUUUUACAACACAGCUAACUUUGUAAGUUUUUUUUCAUUUGGGGCUGAAUUCAAAGCUAAGGGGACUUUAGUAACGACAAUAUUAAACAACAUCAACUUUUGCAACUACUUACUGUAAAAAUCAGUGUUCUGGACUUGUCCAUCUGCUUGAUUUUAAAAAAUAGUUAUGUCGGUAAUCAGUGUUGGUGAGUAAUAGGAUAAAAAAACGACCGACCACAUCAAGGGUUUUGCUUCAAUUCGUUUCUCUUCAAAUUGAAGUUUGUGCUUCUCUUUUCCCACAUGUCCUUUUUUUCCUUCAGUGGUAUCUCACUGUGUGGUUUUGCAGUAUGCCAUUUUGAACAAAUGAGAAAAACUACAUGAGGACCUAUAAUAUUAGAGCUUAAUUGGCAGCAGUUCCAUGAACCUGUAAUUGCGUUAUACCAGUUGCUACAAACGUGUGGUACUAGUUGUUGUAGUUGAAUGUUUUCGAUUAAUGCCUACAAAGGGUCAGGUCGCUGGUGAUUUUAAUUAUGGAAGAGGUCAACCAGGUGGGCGUGGCAGUCGCGGAAGACCUUAUUAAUAAUGAUACUAUUAUUACUUUGUCUUUUGCUGAUGGAUAUCACCA